AUUACUCUGCAUCACCGGGAGGAUGACAGCGGCCUGCAGCUGAGCGGAAACUCAAACAGUACCACCGGUAGCCAUGCGUUUCAACCAAGACGCCGCUAACUUCCAGUUUUGCGUAAACAUGUUCGAAAGCGAGGACUCCGCCUCCGCAGACGGGGAGCAGAUGAGCGAGGUGCGGUCCCCCAGUUUGGCGCCUUCCAGCCCGCUUUCUGUAAACUCGGACUCCAGCUGUACCAGUCCUGAAGCCAAGUCUGCUUCAACGCAGCAGAGGGUGAGGAGGCCCUUGAACGCCUUCAUCAUCUGGACCAAAGAGGAGCGCAGGCGACUGGCGCAGCUCAAUCCAGACCUGGAGAACACGGAUCUAAGCAAAAUACUUGGAAAAACCUGGAAGGCCAUGUCUUUGGCUGAGAAGCGUCCAUACAUGCAGGAGGCUGAACGUCUGAGGAUCCAGCACACCAUUGACUUUCCUCACUACAAGUAUAGGCCUCGUCGGAGGAAGCAGCUGAAGAAGAGCACCAAGCCUCAAACUCCAGAAGCUUCCCCACUCUGCAGCUCAGGCUUCAGCAUGCCCUACAACCUCACCUACUUUCUCCAGAACCAGCAGCAGACUCUCCAAAAUUCACCUCCUUUCCCUCAUGUUUCACUACAUAGUAGUUACACAAACCUCAAAGUUUUUCCAGACUCAGCAGCAGCAAACGGUUUCUCAAACAACCCUGGCUUGUACUCAAAGCCACCUGCAUACCAAGCAGAACCUCAGGUGUAUUUUGGCUCUCAAAACAGUCACAUGCAUUAUGGUUUCUCAUCUUCAGCUGGUCCAUCUGUGGAACAGGGGGAGUCUAUGGUCUAUGGGGUAUCGCAGUGCCCCACUGGGCCCUCGCUGGAGUUUUACUUGGAGCAGGUUCAGCUGGACAUGCUUUACGAUCUUGACCGCAGCGAAUUUGAACAAUACCUGGGUCCCAACCCUCACAGGCCCGAAUCAGCAGAUCCCAGCAGUUAUCAUCAGCAGAGCAGCCACAGAGGGGGACGCUCACUGUCAUAAAGCUAACCAGAGGGUUGUAUUUAUUUAAAUUAUUCCAGUGUAUUUCAGUAUUUUACUGUUAAAAUUGUACUAUAUGUGUGUGUUUUAGUUGUUUGGAAACUUCUGCUCUAAAAUA